CACGCACACACACGCAGCCAGUCACAGUCUGCGAGCCGCGCCGAGCGGUCGUGCCGCCCGACAGAGUAGCGACGCGAACGCGUGCUCAACUUUAAAUACCCAAAAACAUUAACUAAUUACAAUUUCACCGUAACAACCAGUGGUCAAUCAACACCCACGUGAAUUCUAAACGAGUGUAAACACCCAAACUGUGAUAAACAAUAACAUUUCAAAGUUUAGAGGAUAUUUUUAGAAGUGUGUUUAAUUUUGUGAUGCUGAUGAGGAUUUUGUACUCAUGACGUUGUGGAUCUGUUAGCCGUUGUUAGCAUGGUGACAGGGAACGCAGGAUUGUGGCUAUUGUAAUUAUAGGUUCAAAUUGAACGAUGGCAGUCGUUAAUUUUAGUUUGUGUGUGGUGCUAAUGCUGUACCAGCUAUCUACUGUGAUGACUGAUGAGGCGUCAGCUGAAGUCAAGGAUCUGGGAAUAAAUGAUCCCAAAGAAUCAUCAUCAUCAUCAUCAGCAUCGACCGAGGGCGUGCGGUGCUACUGCAACACGGCCCAGUGCGUGGGCACGGGCUACCUGUGCCGCGCGUCCGCCGCCGGGGGCUGCUACAGCGAGCUGCCAGCGCCGCGCCGCGCGCACCACGCGCGCCACGGCUGUCUCCACCACCUCGCUGACACGGAGAAGGAGGCGCUAUCCCGCUGCCACAACUCACCUAGCGGGGGCGGGGGCGCGGGGGGGGCCUGGGACCACUCGCUGCUGCUGUGCUGCUUCAGCGACCUCUGCAACCAUGAGGACAGUCCGCUGGCCCGCGCCCGGCUUAAUCUGACGGCUGGAGAUGCUGACAGCAACGCGAUCCCGAGCGCGGCGGGCUACUCCAGCGAGGUGUGGUUCAAGGCGGCCACCAUCGCCGUGCCGGUGUGCGGCGCGCUCAUCCUGUUCCUGUUGGUGGCCGUGGCCGUGCGGCUGCUAAGAGCCGAUGCGCUGCUGCAGGCUGAUAGGAAGCUCAGGGGCGGCUACAUGUCUCCUCUAGCGCAGCACUCGUCGGAGGACGUGAAGAAGGUGUGGGUGGGGGGCGCGGCGGCCCCGCUGCUGGUGGCGCCGGGCGGCCGCCUGGUGGCCGUCGAGCGGGCGCAGCUUGAGCCCCCCUGCCAGCAACUCUGUGAUAUACAGCGAUAGACUACAUAGAAUCUCUAUGGUGGCCCGCCGUGAAACUCCGCAAAGGUUGCAUGGAUAUGUGGACUUCUUCGUGAGUGAACUUUUUGUGCAAGUGACAGUUAAUUUGAAUUUCGAUUUCGAUUUCUAGG